AUGGACAACUCGAUACCGAAAAACACAUCCGAUGAAGAAAACAGCAACGGACUACCGAACAGCUUAAUACGGAUGGAUCAAGAUAGUCGUUCAUCAUCCGACACGUUCACACCCCCUGCGGUUCGACCGAGUACCACUACAGUGAGCUUUGCAUCAACAGGUGAUAUUGGGCGCGAACAUGUUGCUAGAUCUUCCUCGGGACUGAACAAAGCUCGAGCCUUCGCUCGCGACAUGCUACCAAACUUAUUCAGGAGGAGUCGAUCUGCUCUGUUGGCCUUGAGCAGGCUAUACCAUACAGACAUUUAUUCGGUCAAUAGGGGCAGCUAUGCCUUCGGACUACUUAAUUUACAAAUCAACUCAGUGGAUAGGGGCAGCUAUGCCUUCGGACUACUUAAUUUACAAAUCAACUCAGUGGAUAGGGGCAGCUAUGCCUUCGGACUACUUAAUUUACAAAUCAACUCAGUGGAUAGGGGCAGCUAUGCCUUCGGUCUACUUCAUUUACAAAUCAACUCGGUGGAUAGGGGCAGCUAUGCCUUCGGACUACUUCAUUUACAAAUCAACUCGGUGGAUAGGGGCAGCUAUGCCUUCGGACUACUUCAUUUACAAAUCAACUCGGUGGAUAGGGGCAGCUAUGCCUUCGGACUACUUCAUUUACAAAUCAACUCGGUGGAUAGGGGCAGCUAUGCCUUCGGACUACUUCAUUUACAAAUCAACUCGGUGGAUAGGGGCAGCUAUGCCUUCGGACUACUUCAUUUACAAAUCAACUCGGUGGAUAGGGGCAGCUAUGCCUUCGGACUACAUUAUUUAGAAAUCAACUCAGUGGAUAGGGGCAGCUAUGCCUUCGGGCUGCACAGUUCAGAAAUAGACUCGGUGGAAAGGGCCCGCUAUGCCUUUGAGCUGCACGAUUUAUGGAUCGACUCGGUCAAUAGGGGCAGCUAUGCCCCCAGAAUCAGAAUUGACAUACACAUCGCCUCGACGAAGUACCGCUUGCUGACGUUCGUCCCGUUGAACCUCUGGGAGCAGUUCCACCGCGUGGCGAACUUGUGGUUUCUACUUGUCGGUAUUUGCCAGAUGCUCCCGUACAAUCUGAGUCCGACUUCUGAGUGGGCCACUAUCGUGCCCCUGGUAUUUGUCCUCAGCUUGACGAUGAUCAAAGAUGCGAUAGAGGACUAUCGUCGUUACAUGAAUGACACCAAGGUGUGCAUUCGAGUUAGCCACGGUCCUUGUCAUAGGAGAGUGGAACCUGCACAUGAUCAUAUGCUUGAGCUAUCAUAUCAGGCCGACAUGCUGCUGAUAGCCACCAGCGACCCAGACGGAACGGUAUAUGUGGAAACGAGUCAGCUCGAUGGAGAGUCGGCAUUGAAAGUCAAACAAGCUCUUCCCGAGACACGGCGGAUGUUCUCCUCUAUUCCAUUGGUUUCCGAGUGUGUCGGAUCAAUGACGUGCGAUGCCCCCAAUGCUCUCAUCGACGAGUUCAACGGCCUCUUUCGACUCAGAGGAGGGCUCAGGGAACCUGCUGAUGCGAAGAACCUGGUACUCCGCGGAUCGUCGAUCCGCAAUACGGCGUGGUGUUGCGGCGUCGUUGUUUAUGUGGGAAGGGACACUAAGUUAGCCAUGAAUAUGACUCCAAAUGCGCCAAUCAAGAGGUCGAAGGUGGAGCUCCAAAUAAACAGGUACCUGGGCUUCGUUCUUGGGUUCAUGCUGGCACUAUCUUUGGGACUAACCAUAGCUUUUGCAUGCACACGCGACUCGAGGGACAGGUCUACGUUAUUUGUGAUUCCAAGUGAAUGUCACGUUAGUCAGCGGCAGAAUGCUUUUCAGAGACAGCAAUUCUUGACAUUCCUUCUCCUAUUCAACAACAUGGUCCCGAUAUCACUUUACGUAACCGUGGACAUCGUCAGAUCAAUACAGGCAUACUUUAUUCAGCGGGAUCCUUAUUUGAAGGAAGGACAGCAUUCGAUUAUCGUAGGCGCAUCAGGCCUCAACGAUGAUCUUGGCCGGGUUGACUACGUUCUGGUUGACAAGACCGGAACCUUGACGGAGAAUCGGAUGUCGUUCAAAACGUGCAGUAUUGGUGGAGUACAGUAUGGGAGUGAAGAGAAGGCACCCACGGCUGAAAGUAUUCACUCCGACAACCUUUACUCUUGGCGAAGCAACAAGAUGCUCCCGGACACUGAGAAAAACCGCCUACGUGAUGAGGCGUUACUCGAAUAUCUGGGAGUCUCGGCGAUCACAAGGCCUCAGGAUGCUUUCGUCCAUCUGUUCAUGCUAACGUGCGCGAUAUGUAACACCGUUAUUGUCGAGACGUCAACCAAAUCACUGAUCGGAGUCCGUUUCCAAGGCGCUAGCCCGGAUGAGGAGGCCUUGGUUGAAAUGGCUGCGAGCUCGGGCUACAUCCUCACGAACCGAAGCUCGGAUUUCGUGUCACUUAGGAUACUACGGCCCAGUCCCGCAGGAAAGGAGCGACAAUGGGAGGAUACCACUUUCAAAAUUCUCGGUGUCAACGAGUUCACCAGCGAACGCAAACGCAUGAGCAUUCUUGUCCAAAUCAUGAAGACCAUUGAAACUGAUGAAGGGGACAUCGCCUAUAUCCCCGAUGGUAGCGGGUCUAUGCUAUUGGUGAAAGGUGCAGACGACGUGAUGGUCGAACUCUGCCAGAGAGGUGUUGGAGAGGCUUCAGCUAUCGCCUUAUGUGGGGUCCCUGUUCGGGAUGUUCGAGAGGAAACGGUUUUUGACAUCAAUGAAUUCGCAUCAACUGGUCUUCGAACACUCAUGCUAGCGAUGCGGUAUCUUGAUGAAGUCGAGACCUCAGAGUAUCUUGGAGCCCUGAAUGAAGCUAGGCACUCCAUAACGAAUCGAGCUGACCGAUUCGCUCAAAUAGCCGAUAAGUUUGAGACGAAUCUUAUUGUUCUCGGGGCCACUGCUGUGGAAGACAAGAUACAGCGUGGCGUGAAUAUAACGGUUUGUCGGAUGUUGAAUGCGGGCGUGAAGGUUUGGAUGCUCACGGCAAUAGACUGCUUCUCCUCGUCGAAGAGCAAUUCGAUAAUCUUGUCCAGUAUCCUCAUGAAUACCGGAUCGGUGGUGGCAUGUCGCUGUUCACCAUCACAGAAGGCACUGAUCGUCCAACUGCUAAAAAAAGCAGAUGAUUGUAUCACUUUGGCUAUAGGCGAUGGAGCUAACGAUGUUCCUAUGCUUGAGGUGGCCAACAUCGGUAUUGGAGUCAUUGGGAGCGAAGGAAUGCAGGCCGUCAGAGCCUCAGACUAUGCCAUUGCCACAUUCUCUCACCUUGGACAGCUGAUGUUAAUCCACGGCCGAGACUGCUACAACCGUAUUACCCUCGUUAUACUCUAUUCCUUCUUCAAGAACAUCUUCCUGAUAUUGCCGAAUGUAUUUUUCGCUUUGAGCAAUGCAUUCACUGGCACCUCCCUGUACGACUCCUGGAUCUUGAUGUCUUACAAUGUCUUCUGGACUUCCCUCCCCAUCAUAGUCAUCGGCGCCAUGGAUAUCACCCUGCCACGCUGGGUCGUUGUGAGGUAUCCCAUCGUAUAUGUUGAAGGGAGAAAGUCAUUCUCAUUCAAUGCGAGGAAGUUUAUCGUAUGGAUACUAGGAGCGACUUUCUGUGCUGCAGUCGCCUACGUUUCGGUCGCGGUCGUUGUGGGUUACUCUUCCGUUAUCACUCCCAGUGGCGAGUUGAUGAGUCACGCUUGUAUGGCUGAGUUCUAUGUGAUGAGGAUCGUCGAUGGAGUGGACGAUUCUCUCUUGGCUGCCUGGAUCCCCUUUAGUGUGCAUAUUGCUGCUCAAAUCCGAUUUCCGAGAGCACUUGCCCUAUCUAUCGUCCACAUUAUCUGUUUCAUCACGAUCCAUCUCGUUCGUACAUUGGAGAUCCAUCAUGGUUCGAGUAUGGAUGGACACGACUCGCGAGACUGUGGGGUCGAAUUUAAUAACCUCUGUCAACUGCUGGACUACCUCCCGAUGAUGCUCGCGAUAACAUCGAUGAGUGCGGCACUCGGAUACAAGACCGAACUUGAUCAGAGGAGCCACUAUCUCGUCUCUCUCAAUUCUAAAGUCGAGCAAUCCCGCAGUAAGGAAGUACUCAACAACAUGCUUCCAGAUUUCGUAGUCGAUUCGAUCAUUGAGCACAAUAGAGGGCUCCCCUUCGGUAGCAGUACUGAGUCUCGAUUGCUUUCCCGACGGUCAACAGAGAGUUCUUCUAAAACGGGCUCCUCAAGAAUCCCAUCUACAUUGGAAAUCGGAACAUUUGCCCGGCACUGUGGAGACGUGACUGUACUCUUCUGUGAUGUGGCCGACUUCCCGCAGUUGGUCGCUGCACUGGUACCGAAGCAGCUCAUUUUGAUGAUACACCGAUUGUUCAGCAACAUCGACAAGUUGGUGUUUGUUCACGCUUUGACUAAGCUCGAAACGGUCUCUGAGUCCUAUGUUGUCUGCAGUGGACUCAACCCGGAUGGUGACUCAUCUGAUCAUGUUGUGUCGAAGGAUGCCUUCCGCGCAGUAUUGUUGGGCUUGGACAUACUGGACAAUACCGCUCACAUGAAUGUCCCAGCGCACACUGGACCUGACGAGUGUAUGAGGGGGUUUGCAAUUGCUUUGGUUUUGAAAAUUGGCAUCCACACUGGUCCGGUCAUAUCUGGGGUGGUCGGCUCUAAAAGACCACAGUUUUGUAUCUUCGGAGACACCAUCAACACUGCAUCGCGGAUGAAGUCCACCGCCAUUCCUAAUCGUGUUCAUCUCUCGGCGAGCACUCGCGAGUGUUUGGAAUUCUCCUCGAGUCUUUCCUUCGAAGAGCGCGAGACGUUUGUCAAAGGAAAAGGGGUGUUGAUGACUUACGAUGCCUCUCGGGUUGUCGACUCUUCACAUCUGCAAGAUGUUGGCGCGAUGUCGACGAGCAGAGAUCUUGCGGUCUCGUUCGACACUUCUAAAGUGGAGAAGUUGGGAGGGAUUGAACCUCUACGGAGGCACUCCCAGGCCAGUCUCGGUGGCUCGGCAACCAGUACACUCACGGCUCCCGUUAGGAAGCUCAUCGCGAGCUUGAAACCAUCCAUACGUUGGCGGAAUGGGGCAGAAGAAAGUUUGGAUGAGCAAGCGUAUGAUGCUUUCCACUCGUCCAGCCCUUGGUUGGCUGGGUCAGAUGUUAGCUGCAAUGAGAGGACAAUUAAUUUCGACAAAUCUCGCGAUCUGAACUUGGCUGUAGAGGCUUUGCGACGCAACAAUGACCGAUAUGAUGUUCAAAAAGAGCACGCCGUCGAACGUAUGGAUCUCGGAAAAGAUCGGGCCAGCAUGUACACUAUGGAGUUCCUCCAAAGCUCCUAUGAGAUCCGGUUCCGAGAGGGUCGUUUGAUGACAUUUGUAACCUCGAGAUCGACUCGAUAUGUGCUCCUCAUUCUGUCGGUAUCUUACCUUAUCCAAACCAUCGAGCUUCUGGUUGCACCACAACAGCCGCAAGUCAUAUUUUCCCGCGUCCUCCUCGCCCGACUCACGGUAUGGAUCCUCCUGAUGGUAUUGUAUGUGCUCUACUCGCUGAGGAGUCUCUUGUCUGCGCCAGCUCUGAGACUACUCACAGUCGGAGUGUACGCCAUUGGGAUUUUGGUGGCUUCAUUACAUACCCUCGUUUUCGUCGAAAACGUGCGGCGAGAUGAUUGUGAUGCCGAUGAUCCUACAUGCAGUAAUCUGAGCAUCACCGAGUCGCCGGCUGCUACAGGAUACCAUUCUUAUGCGAAUAGCCUCGAACUGACCAUGUGGUUGAUUAUGAUCAAUUUCAAUGCUGCAUUGCUCUUCAAGCAUCUCCUCUACAUCAACAUCAUAAUCCUUAUUCCAGUAGUGAUCUCGUGGAAUUUCAGUGAAUACAUCGGAUCCGACUUGGCUGCGGAGGCAUUGGAAGCAUACCUAGCAGAUAGGUACAUGGCAUCACUAUACAAAAACAUGACCCUCUUAUUCGCUGAUAUAUGCAACUAUACAGCUUAUGCGAAGAGUGCCCCUGCCGAGCGAGUUGUAUCACUCCUCACUACCCUGUUCUCACGGUUUGACAGUCUAUCGGACACUUAUGCAGUGUACAAGGUACACACCAUCGGAGAUGCGUACGUUGCUAGCACAGAACCUAAGGAAGGUGUCGAUAAGGUACAGUCUGCUAGGAGGAUGGUAUCAUUCGCCCAGGCGAUGGUGGAGGCCCUUCAUACAGUCCGACAGGAAAUGUCCGCGCCAGACUUGGAAAUGCGGAUAGGCCUGCACUUCGGCAAGUUCGUUGGCGGUGUUAUUGCUACAACAAAGAUAAGCUAUGAUAUCUUUGGUGUUGACGUGACCAUCGCGAAUCAAGUCGAAACAGCUGGUAUACCUGGAAAGAUAGUCGCGUCCAAUUCUCUCCGCGGAUAUCUUGUUCAUUACUUCCCUGGCAAAUAUAGGUUUCGUUUCCACACAACAAUAGAGACAUUGGUCCCUGAUGAUUCUAGUGAGUACUUCCAGCAAAAACAUGGUCCGGCAAACAGUCAUCAGAGCGUCGUCGCCAAACAGCUGAAAAUCUACGAGAUAUCUACGAGCAAGAUGCAGUAUGGUCAGUUCGAUACUGUGAUCUAG